AUGGACAGGGCUGCCGAAUCCCCCCUAUGGAGCAGCAGGCUUUGGCCAGCCCAGCACAGCUGCAAGAGGAAGAGCCCGGGGAAACUCUUUGGCUGCCUCCUCGCUUUUUGCCUGCUGGCUGUGUUCCUGUUGGCUUUGCUGGUCUUUUAUCUGUUCUCCAGACACCUCAGGGAGCUGCAAGCCUGCAAGGAGGAGGAAAGAGCUGUCAGGAUGCCUGAAUUCCAGAAACAAACUGCUACAGAAUUGAAGCCAAGGGCCCACUUGACAGUGUUGAACCCACAUACAAUGAAAUGUGUGCAAGGAGAGUUCCCAACCCUUCAGUGGAAAUAUGACCCAAUGUUGCAGUCUAAUCCUAAAGACAAGAUAAAGUAUGAAAAUGGAUUCUUGGUGAUCUCAGAGCCUGGGGAUUACUUCGUCUACGCUCAGGUCACUUUCCGAGAUCAAUAUUCCCAGAAGGAUAACUGCGGCAAUUCAUCUAAGGAGGUUACCCACGUAACACAGGUCAUCUCGAAACUCUCAAAUGGUUACCCUGUCCCAAUUGAGCUACAGAGAAGCAGCCGUUCCAUUGGUGGGACACAGAACUGGAUUCAUCCCAUUUAUCUGGGGGGAAUCGCGAGUCUGCAAGAAAAUGACAAACUGCUUGUUAACGUCAGCAAUGCUAAAUUGGUGUAUAGUAAACCUGGGAUGAACUUUUUUGGUGCUUUUUUAAUCUAG